AUUUUGAAACGGACAACACUCAACCGGAAGUACGUCUAACUGGAGCGCGUGACUCUGUUUUUUCAAAAUGGUGACUGGUUGGCGCGAUAAUUCUGUCUGAGUGUUUUUGUCUUCAUGGUAGAGUUUAAGGAAGUUUGAUAGAGAGCUAGCUGUGUUUGUGAGAGUUGAAAAUGUCUAAAGUCCACACACUGAGAGGUUUAGUGAAGCAGAGACUGACUGCGGCUGCUGAAGAGAUAUUUGAGCUGUUUGAAAGAACGAUAGCAGAGUACGAGGAGCAACUUAGUCGAUCAGCAGAGGAGAACCAGCGACAACAGAAACUACUGGACGCUGUUUACAACCCGGAAGUCCUCUUACACAGAGCAGUGUUUCCUGCAGACGUCCAGCAUCUGUUGGAGAGUAAAGAAGAGCUUCCCUUUGAGCAGCAGGAGAGGAUCCCCAGUCCAGACCAGGAGGACCCACUAGAUCCACCACACAAUAAAGAGGAACAGGAGGAACUGUGGAGCAGUCAGGAGGGAGACCAGCUUCAAGGACUGGAGGAGGCUGAGACCACCAAGGUCACAUUGACUCGAGUCCUUUUGAAGAGUGAAGAUCAUGAUGGAGAGGAACCUCAGUCCUCACAGCUGUCUCAAGUACAAACUGAACAGAUGGAGACAGGAGCUGAUGGAGAGGACUGUGGAGGAACAGGCAGGAGCGGGGAUCCAGAUGAGGUCACAACAGAAGACUCUUCUGAAGCUGAGACUGAAGACAGUGAUGAUUGGGGAGAGACGACAGAACAUCAGUCAGGGUUAGACUCUGUGAAGCAGAGAAAUAAAGAAAGACCAGAGACGAAGAAACCACACAGCUGCUCUGAGUGUGGGAAAACAUAUAAGAAGAAAGGACUGCUAGCUGAUCACAUGAGGACUCACACAGGAGAGAAACCCUUCUGCUGCUCUCAGUGUGGUAAAAAGUUCACUCAGAGGCCAUAUCUGAAGCGUCAUGAGAGGGUUCACACAGAAGAGAAACCCUACAGCUGCUCCAAGUGUGGGAAGACAUUUAUCAGGAAAUCGCAGCUUGUUGAACACAUGCACAUUCACCAGGGGAUUUAUCUCUUCAGCUGCUCCAAGUGUGCUCUAAGAUUCACUCACAAGGCAUAUCUGAGGCAGCACGAGAGAAUCCACACAGGAGAGAAACCAUUCGGCUGCUCCGAGUGCGGGAGGGGAUUUCUCUACAAACAAGAUCUGGACAGACACGCAUCAAGUCACAAGGCGGAGAAACCCUUCAGCUGCUCAGAGUGUGGUAAAACAUUUCGCUACAGCAGGCUUCUGAGCAUCCACAUGCUUCUUCACAGGGAAGAGAAACCCUUCAGCUGUUCAGUGUGUAAGAAAAGAUAUAACUACCACAAAGGUCUGCGCAGACACAUGAAAGUUCACUCCGGAGAGAAACCGUCGAGCUUAUCUGAGUACACAGAACAUGACCCAAAGUUGAAAAUGUCUAAAGUCCACACACUGAGAGGUUUAGUGAAGCAGAGACUGACUGCGGCUGCUGAAGAGAUAUUUGAGCUGUUUGAAAGAACGAUAGCAGAGUACGAGGAGCAACUUAGUCGAUCAGCAGAGGAGAACCAGCGACAACAGAAACUACUGGACGCUGUUUACAACCCGGAAGUCCUCUUACACAGAGCAGUGUUUCCUGCAGAUGUCCAGCAUCUGUUGGAGAGUAAAGAAGAGCUUCCCUUUGAGCAGCAGGAGAGGAUCCCAAGUCCAGACCAGGAGGACCCACUAGAUCCACCACACAAUAAAGAGGAACAGGAGGAACUGUGGAGCAGUCAGGAGGGAGACCAGCUUCAAGGACUGGAGGAGGCUGAGACCACCAAGGUCACAUUGACUCGAGUCCUUUUGAAGAGUGAAGAUCAUGAUGGAGAGGAACCUCAGUCCUCACAGCUGUCUCAAGUACAAACUGAACAGAUGGAGACAGGAGCUGAUGGAGAGGACUGUGGAGGAACAGGCAGGAGCGGGGAUCCAGAUGAGGUCACAACAGAAGACUCUUCUGAAGCUGAGACUGAAGACAGUGAUGAUUGGGGAGAGACGACAGAACAUCAGUCAGGGCUAGACUCUGUGAAGCAGAGAAAUAAAGAAAGACCAGAGACGAAGAAACCACACUGCUGCUCUGAGUGUGGGAAAACAUAUAAGAAGAAAGGACUGCUAGCUGAUCACAUGAGGACUCACACAGGAGAGAAACCCUUCUGCUGCUCUCAGUGUGGUAAAAAGUUCACUCAGAGGCCAUAUCUGAAGCGUCAUGAGAGGGUUCACACAGAAGAGAAACCCUACAGCUGCUCCGAGUGUGGGAAGACAUUUAUCAGGAAAUCGCAGCUUGUUGAACACAUGCACAUUCACCAGGGGAUUUAUCUCUUCAGCUGCUCCAAGUGUGCUCUAAGAUUCACUCACAAGGCAUAUCUGAGGCAGCACGAGAGAAUCCACACAGGAGAGAAACCAUUCGGCUGCUCCGAGUGCGGGAGGGGAUUUCUCUACAAACAAGAUCUGGACAGACACGCAUCAAGUCACAAGGCGGAGAAACCCUUCAGCUGCUCAGAGUGUGGUAAAACAUUUCGCUACAGCAGGCUUCUGAGCAUCCACAUGCUUCUUCACAGGGAAGAGAAACCCUUCAGCUGUUCAGUGUGUAAGAAAAGAUAUAACUACCACAAAGGUCUGCGCAGACACAUGAAAGUUCACUCCGGAGAGAAACCGUUGAGCUUAUCUGAGUGUGGAUAAAGAUUUACUCUUCAAGGGAAUCUGAUCCUAUAUCACUCUUCUCUUUCAGACACAGAACAUGACCCAAGUACAGAGCCUCAAAGGUCGUUGGUAUUUGAGUCUCAAACACCUUGCCUAGUGUACAUUUUCUAUUUUCAAGGUUUUAUUUCAAGGUUUCAAACAUUCUGGCAGACAUCUCACGACCCCCCACAUUUCCCUG